AUGCUGGUUGUAAUGCACCAUCAUACAGCGCUGGUAGCCAUCUGCCGCCUCCUUACAGUUGGAGUCCAGGUUGAGCGCCUUCUGGUACACAGUCUUGCACUGGCAGCUCUAGACCUCCUCUCUGGCCUUGCAAAGGUAAAGGUGAUGGUUGACUCAGGAGACCGGAAGCGAGCCAUCAGUUCUGUGUGCAGCUACAUUGUUUAUCAGUGUAGUCGGCCAGCUCCUCUUCACUCCAGGGAUCUACACUCCAUGAUAGUGGCAGCUUUUCAGUGUGUCUGUGUCUGGCUGACAGAGCACCCUGAUAUGCUUGAUGAAAAGGACUGCCUUAAGGAAGAACUGGAGAUUGUGGAACUGGGAAUCUCAGGAAGUAAGUCCAAGCACAGCGAGCAAGAGGUCAAGUACAAAGGAGAUAAGGAGCCAAACCCUGCAUCUAUGAGGGUAAAGAAUGCUGCUGAAGCCACCCUAACAUGCAUUAUGCAGUUGCUUGGCACAUUCCCUUCACCUAAUGGUCCUGCCUCUCCUUGUAGUCUUGUGAAUGAGACCACUUUGAUUAAAUACUCCAGGCUGCCAACCAUAAACAAGCAUAGUUUCCGGUACUUUGUCUUGGAUAACAGUGUCAUCCUGGCAAUGCUGGAACAACCUCUUGGAAAUGAGCAGAAUGAUUUUUUCCCCUCUGUCACUGUGCUGGUCUGGGGGAUGUCUGGAAGACUUGCUUGGCUGCAACAGCUUUGUCUUUAACCCAGAGGAGCAAAAGCAAAUCAGAAGCUUUUUAUGCCUGAACCUCGCCCAGUUUCUAAAAAUGAUGUUGGAUUUAAAUAUUCUGUGAAACAUCGGUCAUUUCCUGAAGAGGUGGACAAGAUUCCUUUUGUGAAAGCAGAUCUCAGCAUUCCAGAUUUGCAUGAAAUAGUCACUGAAGAAUUAGAAGAGAGACAUGAAAAAUUAAGGAGUGGCAUGGCCCAGCAGAUUGCUUAUGAAAUGCACCUUCAGCAACAGAGUAAGGAGGAAUUGCAGAAGAGAAGUUUUCCUGACCCAGUUACAGAUUGCAAGCCACCGCUUCCUGCCCAGGAAUUCCAAACAGCCCGCCUUUUCCUCUCACACUUUGGAUUUUUGUCCUUAGAAGCAUUAAAGGAACCUCCAAAUAGUCAUCUACCCCCUCACCUUAUUGCACUUGAUUCCACGAUACGGGGAUUUCUUGAUGACAUUGAGUAUCUGGAUCUCUUGCCAUGUUGUCCUUUUGACACAGUUUUUGUUUUCUAUACGAAGCCAGGUCAGAAAACUAACCAAGAGAUUUUAAAGAAUGUGGAGUCUUCCAGAACUGUUCAGCCACAUUUCCUAGAAUUUUUGCUUUCCCUUGGCUGGUCAGUUGAUGUGGGCAGACACCCUGGUUGGACUGCGCAUGUUUCCACCAGUUGGUCUAUUAAUUGUUGUGAUGAUGGUGAAGGAUCUCAACAAGAAGAAGUGAUUUCCUCUGAAGAUAUUGGAGCUAGCAUUUACAAUGGACAGAAGAAGGUGCUGUAUUAUGCUGAUGCCCUUAUGGAAAUAGCUUUUGUGGUUCCUUCUCCUGAGGAGUCCUUAACUGAUUCAUUGGAAAGAAACAUCUCAGACCAAGAUAGUGAUUCAAAUAUGGAUCUUAUGCCAGGAAUUCUGAAACAGCCAUCCCUGACACUUGAGCUUUUCCCCAAUCAUACAGACAAUCUUAAUUCCUCACGGAGGCUCAGUCCCAGUUCCAGAUUGAGGAAGCUGCCUCAGGGUCACCCUGUUCCUCCCCUUGGACCUGAGACAAGAGUUUCUGUAGUCUGGGUGCAGUGCUAUGAUGAUAUAGAGAACUUUCCCCCCUCAGAGCUGAUGACAGAGAUCAGUACUGGUGUGGAAACUACUGUAAAUAGUAGCACUUCGCUGAGAUCUACGACUCUUGAAAAAGAAGUUCCUGUCAUCUUCAUCCACCCUGUAAACGCUUUAUUCUGGAUAAAAAUUCAAGGAGCCACUGGAAAACUUAACAUGGUCAUCCCUCUUGUGGAUGGGAUGAUUGUCAGCAGGCCAGCUCUUGGCUUUCUGGUGAGGCAGACUGUAAUUAACAUUUGUAGAGGAAAGAGCCUGGAGAGUGACUUCUACAGUCCACCCCUUGUCCACUGGAAACAGAAAAUCUCCAACAUUGUCAACAAGUACUGGAACAAGGAGUUGGAGCCAGAGUUCUAUACUUCACUUUUCCAGGAGGUUGGACUCAAGAACUGCACUUCUUAG